AUGUCAAGCAAAAAUGUGGAGUCUGGCACAACAGGCCAAGGCUCUGUCCCCACGGCUCAGCAUCUCUCAGCUGGUCAUCCAGCGCCAUAUGGUGACCUGAUAGCCGAUUUCUCCACCACAGGGGAUGGCGAUGGAGGCCUACCGUCAUUCCGUCCCAUCCGUCUCGAACCCGGAUCCUUUACUGUUGAACUCGUGCUCGACGUUCGUGAGAUUCGUGCGACCAAAGACCGAGAUUAUCUGCAGGAAGAGCUGAUGAAGCAAGGGGUUAGGCCCAUAAUGAGGAGCUUGGACCUUGGCGACGCCCAGUGGGUUGCAAGAUGCAACGACCCAUCCUUAUUAACGCGGCUUGGUGCUGAAGGCGAGGAGGUCGUUCUUGAUUGGAUUGUAGAGAGAAAGCGGCUGGAUGACCUAGUGGCCAGUAUCAAAGAUGGUCGAUUUCACGAACAAAAGUUUCGCCUACGAAAGUCGGGUGUCAAACAUGUCAUUUACAUCGUUGAGGAGAUCUCCAUGGAUGCUGCUGUGUACCAGCGGGUAGAGGAUGCUGUGACGACCGCCAUGGCGCAGAUCCAAGUCGUCAACGGCUACUUCUUGAAAAGAACUCAGACGAUGGACCAAACCAUUCGGUACCUUUCCCGGAUGACCCAUCUACUGCGAUCUCAAUAUCAAGCGCGGCAUAUCAAAGUUAUCCCGACAAAGGUGCUUACGGCGCAGAACUACCUACCCUUGCUCGAGCAUCACCGCCGGAUCGAUCCUCAAGGAGGCUACUACGUUAGCUACCCUGCCUUUUCGUCGUUGGCUUCAAAAUCAGAUAUGCUCACGCUGCGCGACGUAUUUUUAAAGAUGCUUAUGACAACGAGGGGCGUCACGGGGGAGAAAGCAAUCGAAAUCCAAAAGCGUUGGAAGACGCCGUACAACUUUGUGAAAGCUUUCGAGGCCUGCGGGCACGGGGAGGCGGCCAAGAAGCGGAAGCGAGAGCUUGUUGCCAGCGAGCUUGACUUUCUGGUUGCCCCGCGGAGAAAGAUUGGCAAGCAGCUGAGCGAGAGAAUCGCCGAGGUGUGGGGAGGUGUUUGA